GGAACAAGUUUCAAGCCUCCUCUCCCUCCGCAAGCACCAAGAUUUCUUCACAACCAAAAUUCAGAGCAGCAGGCAGUUGAGCUGAUCGAGUGAGCGAAUCAGCCCGAGCUUCCUUUAGUGGUUGGAUUAAUUGUCGGAUCGAACCGAUGAUGAGCGGCGGACAGGAGCUGCAGCUGCCGCCGGGGUUCCGGUUCCACCCGACGGACGAGGAGCUGGUCACGCACUACCUCUGCCGCCGCUGCGCCGGCGCGCCCAUCGCCGUCCCCAUCAUCGCCGAGAUCGACCUAUACAAGUUCGACCCAUGGCAGCUACCAAAGAUGGCGCUGUACGGCGAGAAGGAGUGGUACUUCUUCUCCCCGCGCGACCGCAAGUACCCCAACGGGUCCAGGCCCAACCGCGCCGCCGGGUCCGGGUACUGGAAGGCCACGGGCGCCGACAAGCCCGUCGGCACGCCCAGGCCGCUCGCCAUCAAGAAGGCGCUCGUCUUCUACGCCGGCAAGGCGCCCAAGGGCGAGAAGACCAACUGGAUCAUGCACGAGUACAGACUCGCAGACGUCGACCGAUCAGCACGAAAGAAGAACAGCCUCAGGUUGGAUGAUUGGGUCCUGUGCCGCAUCUACAACAAGAAGGGCGGGCUGGAGAAGCCGGAGCCCGCGGAGGAGCGGAAGCCGGUCUUGUCAAGCAGUUACGCCGGCCAUGGCUCCAUGGUGAGCUCCCCGCCGGAGCAGAAGCCCGUGCUAACGGGGAUGAUGAACACAAACGGAGGCGUGCCGGCGUUCCCUGACUACGCGGCGUACUAUGACCGUCCGUCCGACUCGAUGCCGCGGCUGCACGCGGACUCGAGCUGCUCGGAGCAGGUGCUGUCGGGCGGCGGCGGGGAGGUGCAGAGCCAGCCCAAGAUCACCGAGUGGGAGCGCUCGUUCUCGACUGCGGCCGACCCCGUCAAUCCGGCGGCUGGCGGGCUCGGCCUCGGCGGCGACCCUCUACUCCAGGACAUCCUCAUGUACUGGGGCAAGCCGUUCUAGGCAGCAGCAACGAAGCGCGAUCGGUUGAUCCAUCGAAGCGCGUACCUUUGGCGUUUGUGGUGGUGGCAUUGGGGCGAUGAUGCGGGCGAGCCGCCGUUCCUGACCUGAUGAACAGGACAUAAUUUAUUGAGAUAUUAGCUUGGAAAAUGAAGACGAAAAAUCAGGUGCUUGAUGACGACUGGGAAGGCGGCGAUGAUAUCGUGCGUGGGUCCCCGUGCCCUUGUCUACACAUGAUGCGGAAAUGCAUGAAAGCAUUUCAUCACUGGGAGGUUGUGCGAGUGUAGCAUGUGUGUGUAUAUGUGUACAUACAUGGGACAUACAUGAUUGAGUCGGUGCAGGGUAUUCCUUCUCCUGUUUCUUCAUUGGUUAUUAGUAGUUCAGGGGUUCGUCGAUAGUACGACGGUAAUUUAUGCCAGCGGCCACUGUGUGCUGCCAGAAUUCAGCAGUACGUGGUGGUAGCGAUGGUAGUGUAAGCCAUUCAUCAAAUGAAACUGAAUAAUACUCAUAAUGCAGUUGUUGUUGA